AACGUGAGCACCUGGGAACGAAAACGAGGGUGCUCAGAGGAACGAGCGUUGAUCGUGUGCUCACGCGAAGUGCUGAUUCCAUCUUGUCAGGUGGUACUAUGAGAUAGGAGCUGCCAUGAUUCCUUUCAGCGGAGACAGUGCCUCCCGUGACACUACACUUGAAGGAAGGGACACCACGUUGUCGACCAGCUACUCCAAGGCACCGUCGACGACCACGAAAUAUUCCAGCUCUGGCAACAAGCAGGACGCAAAUGAGAAGUCGUCGUACUGGUGGUUUGUCUUCGGAGCGAUCCCGGUGACAACAUUCCUUGUCGUCACCAUUCCGAUUGCCCUUUUUCUCAAGACAUUUAUUGGGUUCGACCGUGUGCGAGUAUGCGACACCAAGGCAUGCAGGGAAGCCGGGCAAUUCUACGGCCAAAUCAUCGAAAGAGGACGCGCAGACCCGUGUGAUGAUUUUUAUGCGCACGUCUGCAAAAGAUGGACGCACAACGCUAGAAUACCACCGCACUCGAGGAAGUUCUCAUUCGACGACUGGAUUGUGUCGGACAUAGAGAAGACAAUAUUCUCUGAAAUAGAAGCUUCUAUUACUGAACAAGGCCAGAUCAUGAACCAAAUGACACACAUACCGGUGCGAAAGUUCGAGGCUAUUUUUGCUGCUUGCCAGAACGCAGCGGAACGAAAUGGCACUGCGGAUGAAAUCAAGAAGGUCCCUGCCAUUUUAGGACUGGAGCAUUUUCCUUCCCUCGACCCUGAGGGCGAUCCCAAGAUAUCAGUAAUCGCCGGCAGGCUGGCUAAGAACUUUGGCUUGUUCCCGCUUGUUACUGUAGGGCUAAGAGUCGACCCGGAGGACUACUCGAAAGUAGUGAUCUACCUGGACGAACCAGAAACGACAGCUUUACCGAAGUUCAUCUUGUCCACGACGGAGUCGUCCAACUGGCUGCGGCAGAGCGUCUGCGAUGCUAUGCUUACGGUCUACAACAUCGUGCCGUCCAACGAUCAGUGGGAUACGUUGUGCGACAACAUACAAGCAUUCGACAUCGACCUUAUCAAGAGGCUGCGAUACGCCGAGGGCCAUCGUCCGGGUGAUUACUACGAGAGUAAACUUCAUAAGCUGAAAGACUUGGACAACUCGUUCUACUGGAACUGGAUGACCUUCCUGAAGACAAUCUUCGAGAACACAAAAACCAACAUCGGGCCGCAGACAAAAGUGCUCGUUGGAAAUCCCAAAUACAUCUCUGGCUUAUCGCGUUUCUUGCAGAAACAAUCUAAAGACGUCAUCUACAACUACCUCGGCUACCGGGUGCUCCUAAGAUUGGGCCUCCUGUACCGAACCCACGAAAAACACGUCAAGACACUCUUCUACCGGUACCACCUGGGCUACAGAACGGAACCAGAGCGUUGGCGACUGUGCCUUCGAUUUGCUGAGAGAAGUAUGCCUAUGGCAGCGUCAUGGGUGUAUCACAUGUGGAUUAAGAAGAAAUUUGGGCUCAAGGGAGACAAGCUGUGGGUCAAGUUCUUUAACAUAUACCGCAAGCUGUAUGAAAGUGUUGACUACUCGUACGCGUACAGCUACCUCACUACGGCCGACGCAAGAGUAGAAGCUUUCAGAAAGCUCAAGGAUGUGCGGCUACAGUUGUUCUUCAUCAAUGCGACGAUGACGGAUCCACUGUUAAAGCUGUAUGGUGGCCAGGAGACAAAAAUCAACGUCAACGCGCCGGUGCCCGGCAUCUACGAAAUGACGAAGCACUACUGGAACAACUACUUUAGCAUAUCCAAAAACGGCCCAGAACUGGACAUAGCGUACUCGGGAUCCAUCUUCGACAUCUACAGCACGUACCACUACGAUCUGAACUCGCUCUUUGUGUCUCACGGUGCGUUUCACGGGCCAAUGUUUGCAAAGGAUAAGAACUUACUUCUGGACCUGGUGAAAAGCGGAUACCGGAUAGGCAGGAACUUACUGAAGGCCAUUGAUGAGCGCGGAGGCUACAUCGACUCUCAGCAUCAUAGGCAAGACUGGAUGGGGUUCUACACCAGACAGAGGCUCUUGUUCAAUAAGAACUGUGUCUACAAGCAGUACGCAGGAAAGAGGGUUGCGGAGUCCAGACUUCGGCUCAACGCAAAUGCUACGGUGAACGAGGACAUGAUUGACGUGGCCAUCAUCACUCCACUGCUACGGUUCUACCGCAAGUUAAUAUACGAAAAGGCGUAUCCGUUCCCGGACUACAGACUGCAAGGACUACACUACGUGUCCUCGGACCAACUCUUCUUCUAUUCCUUGACUGAGUCGUUCUGCGAGAAGACAACCAAAGAAGCUGUCGACGAAUUAAUCCACAACGGCACGUUUAGUCCGAACAAAUACAGGAUCAACAAUCCUCUUCGGAACUCAGCGCACUUCGUGAAAGCAUUUUCGUGCUCCGAAGGCAGUCACAUGAAUGCUGGGAAGCACAGCUGUGACUUCUGGUCCACUUUCAGAAAAGACUUCUGACAUUUCCACGAAUAAACCUAGCGCACACCCGUC